UGUGUGUCAUGUUUGUUGCGUGAGUAUGUCAGCUUUGUCACUUCAUUGAGAGCCAACGUGAGAAACAUCCAACAGCGCUGUCCGUUGAGUUUGUUUGGCUCCAACAAUCGCGUGUGCCAGAAUUGUGUCAGCAGGGCGAGUUGGGAGUUGGACGGGCCGUGCGCAGCGCAAUGGGGUGUUCAAACAGUGUCCACCUGAGCAUUCACGAAGACGUCAUUGAACAUCACGAUGGCAAUCUCCACCUUCGACACCUGAAGAAAGCACAUCCAGUAGAAACUGCCAGCGUUCAGAGUUCCAAGAGCAUUGUCGCCACCACCAGAUCCGGAAGCUCUUUGGGCAGCAUGAAGAGGCAAGUCUCCUUCAAGGAAGUCGUUGUGCUGCAUGAGUUUGAUGCGGAGGAGGGUAAAGGCGACGACUCAGAGAUCACCCCCGAGAACGCCUUUCAGAUGUUCUUACUUUCGCUUGAGAAGUGCCCAGACUAUUUAGAGCUUUUGGUGGAUGCCAAGCGUCUCCGAGACUUUGGGCCGAGCGAACAGUGAGCGCGGCCAGCGCGAUAGGAUGUUUUGACUGCUCGGGUUGCUGCACGCUUUCAGGCCGGUUUUCCACCCAGGCAGGCGGUUUAAUAGCCUAGCCAACAUAAAUAUUGCCAUGGCCAAAGUGGGGUGAGUUAGAUGCUUUUUGUAACUCAAAUGGCCCUCGUUCCGUCCCUGGGAUGAGCACCGGGAGACCUGAAAUCCUAGUCACCGUCAUCAAAGAUAUAUAGUCAUGUCAAAGGCGGGGCAAAGGGACCAAAAAACCCUUGCCCUGUCUUUUGCUCUUCCAGACGACGCGACGAGGGUAGCACCAGAGAAGUGUUUUAUGCAGAAAUCCCCAGUUUUUUUUGGCCUAGUGCAUGAAGAAGUCCUUGCACAAAAGGCGGGAAUCUUCGGAAUGUAUCGAUCUUUCGAUGCAGUGAGGACAUCCAGAGUCAACUCUCUGGAUGGGGUCACAAAUCGGUACCCAG